CGUUGAUAUUCAUGAUAGUUUUAGUUUUACUGCAGUGACACAUUCACCUCUUACAUUCUUUAUUUGUUCCUGUAACCAUUGCAAACUUUGAUAUAUUUCUCAUGCAAAUUGUGAACAUUACUUUAUCACAAUGAAAACAGGGACAACAGGCCUGACAUCAGGUCUUUUGUCAAAGGCCGCCACUCCAUCUCGAAUUUUAUGUUCCACCCCAGCAAGCCGACAUCGAACAUUGAAGAGGGAUAACAACAACCCGUCUCAAACACGAAAUCUUUCAACAAUAUGCGCCUCGAGAAGGAAAUGCAAAUAUUCUCAGCAGGAUCUGUCACUGAAACCAAUGCAGAGACGUGUGAGUAGCUAUUUAUUCAAAAUACUUGAAGUCGCAUCACGAAGUACUGACCCAGAAUUCUUUUAGUCUUUUCAUGCGUCAGCGAGAUAUCAAGCCACGAAGAAUCCCUAUGAUGUUCUCGGAGUAGACAAGGGCGCAUCUGCAUCAGCCAUUAAGAAAGCAUAUUAUGGUCUUGCUAAAAAGUUCCAUCCAGACACAAAUAAGGAUCCAAAUGCUAAAGAUAAAUUCGCCGAAGCACAAUCUGCCUAUGAACUGUUAACCGACCCACAGAAAAAGGCAGCUUGGGAUCAGUAUGGGUCUGCAGCAUUUGACCAAGGAGCAGGACCCGGACCUGGUGCUGAUCCAUUCGGCGGUGCGGGGGGUUUUGGAGGGUUUGGGGGUGGAUCUGGCGGGUUCCCGGGUGGAGGGUUUGGAGCCGAUUUCAAUUUCGAAGAUUUGUUUAAGGGCUUUACUGGAGGAAGAAGGGGUAGAAAAGGUGGUGCCAAUCCAUUUCACUCCGAGGAAAUACUUGUGGGAGACAGUAUUGAGGUUCAAACGAAUAUCUCCUUCAUGGAAGCAGCAAAAGGGACCAGCAAAACCAUCAACAUAUCCCCACUAUCCACUUGCAAAACAUGUCGCGGAAAUGGCAUGAAAUCUGGAACGAAGCGGUCGCCAUGUAGAUCCUGUGGAGGGAGCGGUACACGCGUGCAUUCUAUGGGUGGGUUCCAAAUGGCUUCAGCAUGCGGUGCAUGUGGUGGUCAUGGAAUGGUGAUUCCACCUGGAGGAGAAUGUGGGACAUGUUCUGGAAAUGGAGUUGUGCGUGAGCGUAAAACGAUCGACGUCGAUAUACCUGGAGGAAUUGAGGAUGGUAUGCGAUUGAGAUUGGAUAGGGAAGGUGACGCCCCGGCUACUGGUCAAGCUGCGAACCCUGACAGCCCUUCACAACCUGGUGAUCUUUAUGUACUUGUUCGAGUGGCUACAGAUCCCAAAUUCAGCCGCUCCGGAUCUGACAUCUUAUAUACCGCAACGAUCCCUCUCACAACUGCAUUGCUUGGAGGUGAGGUCAAGAUACCGACUUUGGAUGGAGAUGUCAGUGUUAAGAUCGCAACUGGUACCGGCACUGGAGAUAAGAUUACUUUAGGAGGUAAGGGUAUGAGAAAGUUGGAAGGGCGUAGAGGGGGAACUGGGGACCUGAAAGUCGUAUUCAAGGUCCACAUGCCCAAAUCUCUCAGUGCUAACCAGCGAACGAUUGUGGAAAUGCUUGCCGAUGAGAUGGGUGAUAAAACAGCCAAGCGUGUCAUGAACGUUGGCCGUGCCUCAAGUUCCUCGUAAGUUCAGUGUCAUGUUCUCAAGCUGGGCACUGACAGAGACAGAUCAAACCCAUCGAAUACCGAAGAGAAUCACAAGCAAGAAGGAUUCCUGAAAUCCGUCUGGCACAAAUUUACAGAUGGCGCUAAUUCGCCCAAGGAGGGCGACAAAGAGGACGAAUCCAAGAAGAAAUGAAGCUAAUGACGAAAAUUUUCUGUAUAAUAAAUGGCGAAAGUGUAGAAGUACCACUGUGUAGAGAGGAUAAGGUAAAUCGAUGGAGCAUGGCGCGUCCCGAAGAUACGAAUGAUGGCUGUCAAUUUACGAAUGCAUAUCUCUAGAGUGCAGUUUAGAAUAUGUUUAUGACGCAUACUUAGUACAAAAUAAAAUGAUAUCUCAACUCAUAGUCGUGA